CUUUGACCCCUGCGGUCGUCCCAGUAUUUUUAUCAGACUGCCGGGUCGGAACUCGGAGCGAUCCGGUGAAAGAAAAGAAAAGAAAAGAAAAGAAAAGAGAAAAGAAAAGAGAGAAAGGGGUGGAGGGGGGGAUGUCGAGAAGAACCGAGCCAGGAGAACCGGAGCUCAGAGGAAGAGGAGGAAGAGGAGGAGAGACAGCGACUGCUCUGUGCGGGGCAGCGCGGAACGCAAGAGACCAGGAUGAAACGUUUGGACGCUUCACGCACGAGAAGCAGAACUCCAUCAGACAGGAAGAGGCGCACAAAGCUCCGACACUGAGGGUGGACGGGCUGAGAAAAGACGAGGCUUCCUGCAGAUUCGGUCAAUCGGGAGUCCAGAGCCAGAGCUCUGCCAGGUCCUGCCUUUUGUGGGCCAAACAGGAACCGAGACUCAGAGGGACUUUGGACCUGCAGCCAGCUCGACAGUCCAGUUUGACUGAACCACAGCCAGCGGGCACCUGUCAGGUCAAUGGAGGAACGUCACCAGACGGUCGUAUAGGACCAGCCUGCAUCUCUCCAGUACCAGAGGCUGUUUUGUUUCCAGUCAAAAAGGAAGAAGACAUCAGUACCGUUGUGAACUAUGAGCUGGGGAUUACCACGAACUUGAAUAACUCUCUUUCUCACGGUAACUUUAGACCACAUGAGUGUAAUGGCUUGCAGAUACCUCAGUGCGUGUCACAUCCGACGUGCCCUGGAUCUGUAGCUGAAACUCAAACAAGAAAGGAAAUAAGCUUUGAAAACCCAUCUGAUUGUGGGAAAUCAUCUGGAACCAUGUUGUCCUCCAUGGUGUCUGUUCUUGCGCCUCCCUGGAGUAGCCGUCCAAGGCGGCCCAAAAGAUUUGACGAGACGAGCAACUCUUAUUUGCAGAACACUGCAGCAAGUCAUGAACAUGGUUUUAAAAGCACUCUAAACCAGCCUGGUGUUGGGCUGCACAUCCCAAGGAGUGUCUCUUUCCUGGACUCCAGGAGGAAUACGGUAGACUGGUCGACUAAAAGCGAUCCUUCAAGCUUGGAUUUCGAAUCUAAAAGGAAAAUGACGCAGACUGUCUCUUUGGAUUUAAAUGGCACAAGUCCUUCACACUCGGCUCUGUCUCCCUGGUCUCCCCUCCCACUUGACCAGAAUGACCAAAGGAGCAGUCCAAGGACAGGCCAACGCCAAGAGCGACUGUCUUCUAUGAAUUCAAAACCAACAACAAGCACUCUGCUUCUGUCUAUAAGAAGAUCCAACAACACAAACUCUAACACGUCCUUCGUCUUCCCUGAGGUAAACUCACCUCUGAGCAGUUCCCCAAAUCAUCAAAAUGGAAAACUGCUCACACACCUCCCUCAAACCUCUUGCAGUAACGAUAAUGAACAAGACAGGCCAACAUCCCUUCUCUCCCCUUCGUCCAUUUCUUAUAAGACACCUGAAACUGUCCCUGUCCUGUCCCCGGCAUCUUCCAAUCACAGAGAUAAUUCAUUUACUCUUUCACCUCAGGCUAUAAAUAUGACUCAGGCCAGUCUUGCCUCUUCAAAAUUUUCAUUUCAGGGUAAUAAACUAGAAGAAAGGCAACACAACAGUAACACAAAUCCAUUCAUUGAAACUUCAAUCUUUUCUCCAAGACAUUAUUCAUACGAACACCCUGCCCUUACGAAAACUCGCUCUCUUCCCAGACGAACCACCCUGACUAACACCUCCUGGUGGAAACAAGUGUCCCAGGACGGCGGUUCUCCUCUCAGUCACAACAACGCAACAAAUAUAAAAGACGAGCCAAGCGCAGACUCGCCACGUCUGGCAGACAACAAAAGACUGGCUAGUCAAAAUUUCAACAACACCGAUGACAACAGCACAGCAUUUUGUAAAGGUAACAUGAAUCUAACUGUAAAGAUGCAGUCAGCUGAACCAAAAAGGAUUAACCAGCAGCUGUAUGACUCAAACUUAGACAAUAGAGAACUACAAAAACCUCACAGUAUGCCCGAUUGUUUGCCCAGUUCUAAACUGAGCAGAGCUCCGCCCCAAAUAACACUAAGGCCCAUCGUUGGUCCCAACAAAAAAGAUGUAAAUAACACGUUUACAGAAAAUUCACCUGAGAAACCCACUUCUUUUAAACCCAAUACCUUAAAUCCAUCCACAAAUGGCAACAAAUAUAAAACCAACAUUACUCCAACAUCUCCUCACAACAUGAACGCACAAACAUUGGCUCUUCCCCAUGACUUUGCCAUGCUCACUCCUUCUCAAACCACUUCUAAAAACACGUUUUCUUUACAGUCUCCAGUUUCCUCUACGACGAGUACUCAAACCCCUUCAUCCGGUACGCCAAAUGUCCCCACCAAAACCACUGUCACACCUCUUGGCUUUGAAAGAAGUUACGCCUGUCUUCCCAAACCUUUCCACUCCAAAACUGCAUCUAGUCUGAUAUCCAAAGUAGAGUCUUUCACCAGAACAAAAGGCAGCCCCGUUUACACCUCCCCUGCUACAUUUUCAUCAACCUGUCCUUAUAGUCCAUCCACCCUUAGCCCUUCUGUUCCUCCUGACGUCACAUCUCCCAUCUCUGUAGCUGCCUACUCCCCUUUGACUCCUCCUGCAACCCCUGGAAGUCCAAGCUUCAACUCUGAAACUACCAGCCCUAAAGUAAAAAGUAUACUGACCAACAGCCCAGAAAACAAGCCAAAAAAACCAUAUCUCAAGUUGGAGAAGAAGAGAGAAAGGCGAGUAACAUGGGGGGACUCUGUGGAUGUGCAAUGCUCAGAGACGGAUUCUUCUCCAGUCCAAACAAACCCUCCUCCUUCCUUCAGGUCCCCUCAAAGUACAUCUACCAUUUCUUCUUCGCGGCCAGAAAAUCCAGAAGUAUGUACUUCAUCCGUUUGCUCACCAAGCCCCAAGGCUUUCAGCAUCCAGGUGGUAAAAGAAGGGAACUAUCGCUCCUUAUCGUCUGACUCUGCUGAUUUGGCAGCCAGAGAGCGUGAGAAAAACAAGCAUACGACUGGUGAUGCUUUAAACCGUGACCAGGCAAGACAGGGCUUAAACACAGCCAGUAAGGAGUGGAUGCCAUCACUGGAGUCUGGCACAGUUCAGUCUCGUUCCUCUGCUCCUCGCUCCCUUCCACCUGACUUUUCAAGUGGUCUUAAGAUUCGUUAUAGCACCCCACCUUACUCCACGUUGAUGUCUAGUAGGCAGACGCAGGGAGAAAAGAAGACAAUUUCUCUUUCACAAUCCUCUCAGUUGAGUUAUACCCCACAAACUUCCUUAAGCAAUGACCUACAUAUGACCUCUACAUCCAAAUUUCCUCCGACACCUGCCAGACAGUCCCAGCCCUUUUCCAUCCAAAGGGCAAAUGCCACGCAAGACCGCUCAAACCACAAUCUAUCAGCCACUGAUAAAGUCAACAAUAAUCACAUCAAGGACCAAGAACACACAAGUAAUCAGAUACGGCUUCUUGACAACAGGGUUCAGAUCAGCUCAGAGUCUCUUUCUGGUGACGAUGGGCACACCUCUUCUUCAACAUUUGUGACAGAGACGCUUGUUUACAGCAUUAAAUGCAAAGGCGAUACAGCACCAACGAACGCCACACCUAAAUCUUUGCAACACAACACAAGCGCAUUGGUUUCUGUGGAGACCAACGCAAGUCAACAGUUAAACACAGUACAAAGUAAAGAGGCAUGUAGUCAUUCAGAUCAGAGCAAUAAAGACAACAAACCGACAGACAAUCAGGCCUCCGAUCGUGAAAGCAACAAUGAAAGCCUAAAGGAGAGUGUGCUGGGUAAAAACAAAUCCUGUUCUGUAGAAGUUAACGAUGAGCAAAGCCAAAAGAAAGGCCGGUGUCCGCCAAAGAGAAGCGUCAGCACACCAAACUCUACUGUAAGCAGGUCGGAGUCAGAAAAGGUCUGCAAGGGUUCCAACAAAAUGGAUCAGAUGUUGAACAAGUUGAAACAAAAGUUCACUAAACGAUCUGAUGACGAUUCGGCAUUUUCAUGGAAGUGGAGGCGAAAUUCCCAAACACUUUCCGUGAGUGGGUCAAGUGACGUCAGUGAUAGCAGUGCUGACGGAACCAGAACCGAGGAGAAAAAGGCAGCGAACGAUGCAAAAACAGAUGCAAAACAGUCCACAGAGAACAGAUACACCAUUGUACCUUCCUUAACUUUCGGAGAAACAAAGGAAGGCGAAGACUUCACUGUUUGGCCAGAAAAAUCAGCUCAGGGUGUUGCUAAAGAUGAGCAAAAUACUUGUGAGGAGCAAACAUCUAAAAGUCAAGUUCAUCUGACUGUACACAGCCCAGCAAACCAGUUUAUCCCUGGUUCAGAUCCCAUUUCCACUGCUGUCUAUACAACUCAAUACAGGAAGUCUACACCCAGUCCCAGGAGCCCCUUCUCACCUUUCUCCUCCCUUUCCCCCAUUUCCCCAUUCUCCUCUCCUGAUGUGGUGGAUGACAGUGUUUUUUACAGCCCAAAGCCGCAACGCCGCAGGGAAUCAUCCUCUCCAUGUGAGCCAAGAGAAGAAAUCAGCUUAGAAGGCUCAAGAAGGCGACGGGCAUCCACGGGUCCUCCCAGUUUAAGUCCAGGAGUGGACACGGAACACUUUGCUUCCUCUUAUGCCGAUUUAAAGUAUGGCAUCGAACCCGGAAAGUCAUUUUCCGUAAGUUCGGUUCUCUCCAGUCGACCCUCAGGGCCAGGACGGAUUUCCACCGGGUCCAGGUUCAUGAGUGUGGGGGACCUUUCUCAGUCAGCCUUGCCUUGUGCAGGCAAUGGCAACGAACUGUAUCGGGGUUCUCUCACACCUGACCAGACAGGAGACUCAUGUUUCUUGCCUAUCUACGGCCGUCAAAUGUCCGAUUUCCCCUGUGAUUCCAGUAAAAUGCGAUCCAGGUCUCUGCCUCGAUCCCUGAUCCCUCGCUUGGCCAACUGGAGCUCAGGAGUCCCCCCCUUUCAGUCUAUGACUGCUGCCCCCUCAAAGCCAGCAUGUCUUCGCAACCCCAUCAUGAACAUUCGCCAACUUGAGUGGGACACUGAAAGUCCCCCAACACCACCUCCAACCCCUCCCCUGUCGCCAGUGUCCAGACGUAUGUCCAAACCUCCCAGUCUUUCUUCUCCUGUCUUCUCCGGCUCACCAGGAGCCAUGCAGCAAGUGGACAGCCAGGCCUCCAGAGGACAUCUGCCCUACGGGGGCUACAGGUCCAGCCUCAGCACAUUUGAUGAGUCCUCAGACAGCAGCUCGGACACGACAACGGACGAUGAAUAUUACUUGGAGGAAGGAAAAGAGACGGAGCUCUGAAAGUAGAAAAGACAUUCUGGAGCUUUGGCUAUCAAGAACAUGAAACGGAAAACUCCAGAAGAAAGGUGGACUAGAAACGGAAAACUCCAGAAGAAAGGUGGACUAAUCAGGUACUGAUUGGACAUUAAUUUGCUGCUUGAUUUGCUUCAUGAAGGUGUGGUCAUGAAAAGGUUUACACUGGAUGAGCAAGCCUGAAAAUACACCAUGUACAGUAGACUGCAGGAGUCUGCAGACUUUAAUUUAUUAAUAACACGUUGCAUGGUAGAGGCUACAUGUGCCUGUGUGGUUGUUUCAAAGAACAAAGCGCUCUGUAAAGUUACGCUUUUGGGCUUCAAAUUUGCAUUUCAUUCUGCCAGGUGACACGAAUGUAAGCGUGCUGUCUCAUGCUCUCCACCAUGUGUGGAAAACUGAAGGGAACGUUGUUUUAACGGCUAAAACUACACUGGAAUGAAAUAUAAUCGUAAAAAAGAUUAAUAUUGCUUUAUUGCAGUGCCUGCUUCUAUUUGCACAGUGACAAUCU